ACAACCAGAUGAUCAGUCACAGGAGCGCCAUGGGGACUCGAGGGCCCCUCGCAUGGCUGUUAAUAUGGAUGACUGUGUCAGGCAGCUUGUUGUCGUCCUACACAGAGGCCACUGUCAACAUCCUUCCAUCAAUGUCAAGGACACCUGAGAUUGCAGGAGUGAGCCCAGUUCAUAAUGGACAAGUUUGCAGUACAUGGGGCAACUACCACUUCAAGACCUUUGAUGGGGACAUGUUCCAACUGCCCUCCACCUGCAACCAUGUCCUGACCUCACUGUGUCAUAGCAGUUAUGAGGACUUUAACAUCCAGAUGAGGAGACAGGUGGUGAACAACCUACCCACCAUCAGCAAGAUCACCAUGAUGCUGGACGGCACCACUGUGGAGAUCUCUAAGGACUCCAUCCUGGUCAACGGCGUGGUGGUGCUCCUGCCUUUCAGCCAAUCAGGCAUCCUCAUUGACAAAACUCCCACCGACAUCAAGGUCAAAGCCAAGCUUGGACUGGUCGCUGUAUGGAACGAGGAUGAUUCCCUCUUGCUGGAGAUUGAUGCUAAAUACAGAAACCAGACCUGUGGCUUGUGUGGGGACUUCAAUGGGGUUCAACUUCAGAAUGAGUUCUAUAGCAAUGGUGUAAAGAUUUCCCCUGAAGACUAUGGAAACUUCUGGAAGAUGGACGGACCAACUGAAAGCUGCACUGAGUCCUCUAUUCCCUCCGUUGAGAGCUGCGGCAACCUGACUGCAGUGUGUGAGCAACUCCUUUCAGCCCCAGCCUUCGGCAGCUGUCUAGGUCUUCUGGAUGUAGCAUCGUUCACCAAAGCCUGCAUGGCAGACUUGUGCCAUUGUAACAACAGUGCCGAAUCGUUCUGCCUGUGCAACACCAUGUCAGAGUUUUCUCGCCAGUGUGUCCAUGCAGGAGGAACACCCACGCAGUGGAGGACCCCUCAAUUCUGUCCAAAGUCAUGUCCCAACAACAUGGUGUACCAGGAAUGUGGCAGCCCCUGUCCUGACUCCUGUUCCAACCCCCAGACCAGCCACAUGUGUGAUAGCCACUGUACCGACGGCUGCUUCUGCCCUCCAGGCACUGUGCUGGAUGACAUCAACAACAGAGGUUGUGUCCCUCUGACUGAGUGCUACUGCAAAUACAACAACAAAAUCUAUGCCCCUGGACAGACCUACUCCAGCUCAUGCAAAAACUGCAUGUGUUCCGGUGGUCAGUGGAGCUGCCAGCAGAAGGACUGCCCAGGGACCUGCUCUGUGGAGGGAGGGUCUCACAUCAACACCUUCGAUGGGAAACUCUACACCUUCCAUGGAGCCUGCUCUUACGUGCUGGCUAAGGACUCUGACGGACAGCAGUUUGUUGUCCUUGGAGAUCUGGAACAAAAUGGUCUUUCUGAAAGUGAAACAUCCUUGAAGACUGUCACCCUGGCUCUCUCUGGAGGAUCAACUGUGAUCUUCAUACAACCUAGUGGGAAAGUCUUUGUCAACGGAAUCUACUCUCAACUUCCCUUCUCUGCUGGUGGAGCCACCGUGCUCAGGGCCUCAACCUCCUUCCUGGUGGUACAGACCUCUGUAGGCCUGCUGCUGGAGGUACAGUUGCAGCCCAUAAUGCAGGUCUACAUCACUGCACCCCCGAGCCUGCACAACAAGACCUCAGGUCUCUGUGGAAACUUCAACAACAACCAAGCAGAUGACUUCCUAACUGCAAGCGGGUUGAGAGAGGGCACUGCUGUGGGCUUUGCCAACACCUGGAAGACCCGCGCGAGUUGCCCGGAUAUCAAGAGCAGUUUUGAAUCUCCCUGCAGCCUCAGCUUUGAAAACGAAAAGUAUGCCCAGCAUUGGUGCUCCAUGCUAUCGGACCCUAAGGGUGUGUUUGCUGCCUGUCACUCAGAGAUCAGCCCAGACUCCUACAAAUCUAACUGCAUGUAUGACAGCUGUAACUGUGAGAAGAGUGAGGACUGCAUGUGUGCUGCUGUCUCUUCCUACGUCCACGCCUGUGCUGCUGCAGGGAUCAUGCUCAACAACUGGGGAAACACCAUCUGCACCAAGUACACUAGCUCCUGCCCCAGUACUAUGGUCUAUGACUACAGCAUCACUAGUAGCAACCGAACCUGCCACUGCUACAGCAACUCUGACCCCACCUGCUCCAUCACCUUCACGUCUGUGGCCGGGUGUGUCUGUGCUGAGGGAACCUACCUGGAUGAUACUGGCAAGUGCGUGGCCCCAUCCAGCUGCCCCUGCUACUACAAGGGCUCAGUGGUGCCACCCAGCCAGGUCAUCAGCAAGGAUGGAGCCAUGUGCACCUGCAAAGAGGGAAAACUCAACUGUAUUGGAGAGUCUGACCGUGUUCCAUCAUGCCAAGCACCCAUGGUAUAUUUCAACUGCUCGAGCGCGGCUCCCGGUAUGAAAGGCUCAGAGUGUCAAAAGAGUUGCAACACCCAAGACAUGGCCUGUGUGAGUGCAGAGUGCAUCUCUGGCUGUGUGUGUCCAUCUGGUCUGCUGUCUGAUGGGAAAGGGGGCUGCAUCAAGCCUGAUCUUUGCCCCUGUUUCCACAACGGAGUUCCAUACCAAUCAGGAAACAGCAUCACAGUGGACUGCAAUACCUGCACAUGUAAAGACAGGAAAUGGGAGUGUACUGACAACCUGUGCCAUGGCACAUGCUCUGUCUAUGGAGACGGACACUACAUCACCUUUGAUGGGAGACGAUACACUUUUGAUGGGAGCUGUGAAUACUCCCUUGCCGAGGACUAUUGUAGCAGCAAGCAGAACCAGAGCAGCUUCAGAGUCAUCACUGAGAACGUCCCCUGUGGAACCACAGGCACCACUUGCUCCAAGGCCAUAAAGCUGUUCCUUGGGGACACCGAACUGAUUUUGACAGAAGGCAACUAUCAGGUGGUCCAGAGAGGACCUGGGGAGGUUGUGCCCUACCAGAUCUAUACCAUGGGGAUCUACCUGGUCAUAGAGGCCAACAACGGCCUCAUCCUCAUGUGGGACAAGAAGACAAGCAUGUUCAUCAAGCUCAGUCCACAGUUCAAGGGAAAAGUAUGUGGUCUAUGUGGUAACUAUGAUGGAAACGCCAUGAAUGACUUCACCACCAGAAGCCAGGCUGGUGUUGUCAAUGCUCUGGAUUUUGGCAACAGCUGGAGAGUGUCUGCCAGUUGCCCUGAGGCCAAGGUCCAGCAGAGCCCCUGUACGGCCAACCCCUACAGGCAGUCCUGGUCCCAGAAACAGUGCAGCAUCAUUCAGAGUGAAGUGUUCUCUGCCUGCCAUUUUAAUGUUGACCCCACACCUUUCUACGAUGCCUGCGUCCGAGACUCGUGUGCUUGUGACAGCGGAGGAGACUGUGAAUGUUUCUGUACCGCUGUGGCUGCUUAUGCCGAGGCCUGCAACGAAGCUGGAGCAUGUGUGUCCUGGAGAACACCACAGAUGUGCCCUCUGUUCUGUGAUUACUACAACCCCCCUGGUGAAUGUGAGUGGCACUACAAUCCAUGUGGAGCUCCCUGUAUGAAGACCUGCAGGAACCCCUCUGGGACAUGCUCCUCUCAGAUUCCUCCUAUAGAAGGUUGCUACCCCAAAUGUCCGCCAACUCUACCUUACUUUGAUGAAGACACCAUGAAGUGCGUGAGUCAGCAAGACUGUGGCUGCUAUAAGGAUGGGAAACACUACAACAGUGGAGACAACGUCCCAACAACAGAUAACUGCUUUACAUGCUCUUGUGAUGGUGCAUCAUUGACGACUGUCUGCAAAUAUGAUGUCCAAGCUUGCACAUGUGUGUACAAUGGAAACAAAUAUCCGUUUGGACACACCAUCUACAACACUACGGAUGGACAUGGCCACUGCAUCAUAGCAGUGUGUGGAGAGAAUGGUUUAAUCAAGAGGAUCAUCAAUUGCCCAACCACGCCUUCUCCCACGACUGUAUCUACCCCCACUGUCACUCCAACAAGUGUUUUCACUUUCUCAACAGCAUCAAUGACAACAACAACUUCACCCCAGACCACAGCACAAACUGAGGCACCUACUUCUUUUACGACGUGUGGACAUCCCUGUGUGUGGUCAGUUUGGUAUGACACCGCAUCCCCCACACUGGGAACUCCAGGAGGGGACUCUGAAACAUACAAGAACCUCAGAGCAAAAGGAUACAAAAUCUGUGAUCAACCAAGCCAGAUUCAGUGCAGAGCUGAGAAGUUUCCAAACGUCAGCAUUGAGCACAUUGGGCAGGUGGUGCAGUGUGAAAUUGCUGAAGGUCUGACGUGUAGAAAUGAGGACCAGUCAGGACCCUUUCCUCUCUGCUUCAACUACCAAGUGCGUGUCCUCUGUUGUGAUGAGGACCUCUGUACAUCCAAGCCUCCGCCUACUCUGCCACACCAUGUGACAGCGACUACAACAUCAACAACUGUCUCAACCACAAAACAACCCAAACCCUGCCAGGUAUGCGAUUGGUCUGGCUGGCUCAAUGUGGCAUACCCACAAUAUGGUCCAGAAGGAGGUGAUAAUGAAUCAAUAAAACAUCUCAUAGAAGCUGGAAAACAUGUAUGUGAGAAGCCAGAGGCGAUCAAGUGUCAAGCAGCGCGAUACCCUGGGGUUCCAAUAAGUGAACUGCAUCAACAAAUAGUAUGUAACACUGAAGUUGGAUUAAUUUGCAAGAAUAUAGAUCAAGGUAUCCCUCCAAUAUGUCUUGACUAUGAAGUUAAUUUGGAAUGCUGCAAGACAGUGGAGUGUUCAACUAUAUCUCCCCCUACAACACCAUCAACAACAACAUCAACCACAACUCCAUCCACAACAAAUCCGAGAAGUACCGCUCCUCCUAAUACUCCAACUACUCCAACGACUACAUCUCCCUCUACAACUACAACACCAACAACGACAACAUCGCCUACCACUACAUCCACAACCACUCCAACAACCCCAGUUUCAACAACACCAUGCUCUGGUACGACCACUUGUCAUUGGUCAGACUGGAUCAACCUCGGCCAGCCCACUCCUGGCUCUGAAGGUGGAGAUAAUGAAUCCAUAAAGAAGAUCAUUGGUGCUGGUUAUCACAUCUGCUCCUCGCCAAAGGCUGUUGAAUGUAGAGCAAAACAGUAUCCAGGUCUUACAAUCUCUCAGCUUGGACAAGACGUGACCUGCAGCCCAACUGUUGGACUCAUUUGUCAAAACAAUAUGCAAGGACUUCAGCAAGAGUGCUUCGACUAUGAGAUCCGAGUCCAGUGUUGUGAUUGUGGACCUACCCCAACCACAGUUACCAGCACAACCAAGCCUACAACACCAACUCCCACUACAACUACAACACCCCCUACAACUACAACAACAACUCCCCCUACAAGUACAAGUACAACUACUCCUACAAGUACUACACCCACAACGACAACAUCGCCUACCACUACAUCCACAACCACUCCAACAACCCCAGUUUCAACAACACCAUGCUCUGGUACGACCACUUGUCAUUGGUCGGACUGGAUCAACCUCGGCCAGCCCACUCCUGGCUCUGAGGGUGGAGAUAAUGAAUCCAUAAAGAAGAUCAUUGGUGCUGGUUAUCACAUCUGCUCCUCGCCAAAGGCUGUUGAAUGUAGAGCAAAACAGUAUCCAGGUCUUACAAUCUCUCAGCUUGGACAAGACGUGACCUGCAGCCCAACUGUUGGACUCAUUUGUCAAAACAAUAUGCAAGGACUUCAGCAAGAGUGCUUCGACUAUGAGAUCCGAGUCCAGUGUUGUGAUUGUGGACCUACCCCAACCACAGUUACCAGCACAACCAAGCCUACAACACCAACUCCCACUACAACUACAACACCCCCUACAACUACAACAACAACUCCCCCUACAAGUACAAGUACAACUACUCCUACAAGUACUACACCCACAACGACAACAUCGCCUACCACUACAUCCACAACCACUCCAACAACCCCAGUUUCAACAACACCAUGCUCUGGUACGACCACUUGUCAUUGGUCGGACUGGAUCAACCUCGGCCAGCCCACUCCUGGCUCUGAGGGUGGAGAUAAUGAAUCCAUAAAGAAGAUCAUUGGUGCUGGUUAUCACAUCUGCUCCUCGCCAAAGGCUGUUGAAUGUAGAGCAAAACAGUAUCCAGGUCUUACAAUCUCUCAGCUUGGACAAGACGUGACCUGCAGCCCAACUGUUGGACUCAUUUGUCAAAACAAUAUGCAAGGACUUCAGCAAGAGUGCUUCGACUAUGAGAUCCGAGUCCAGUGUUGUGAUUGUGGACCUACCCCAACCACAGUUACCAGCACAACCAAGCCUACAACACCAACUCCCACUACAACUACAACACCCCCUACAACUACAACAACAACUCCCCCUACAAGUACAAGUACAACUACUCCUACAAGUACUACACCCACAACGACAACAUCGCCUACCACUACAUCCACAACCACUCCAACAACCCCAGUUUCAACAACACCAUGCUCUGGUACGACCACUUGUCAUUGGUCGGACUGGAUCAACCUCGGCCAGCCCACUCCUGGCUCUGAGGGUGGAGAUAAUGAAUCCAUAAAGAAGAUCAUUGGUGCUGGUUAUCACAUCUGCUCCUCGCCAAAGGCUGUUGAAUGUAGAGCAAAACAGUAUCCAGGUCUUACAAUCUCUCAGCUUGGACAAGACGUGACCUGCAGCCCAACUGUUGGACUCAUUUGUCAAAACAAUAUGCAAGGACUUCAGCAAGAGUGCUUCGACUAUGAGAUCCGAGUCCAGUGUUGUGAUUGUGGACCUACCCCAACCACAGUUACCAGCACAACCAAGCCUACAACACCAACUCCCACUACAACUACAACACCCCCUACAACUACAACAACAACUCCCCCUACAAGUACAAGUACAACUACUCCUACAAGUACUACACCCACAACGACAACAUCGCCUACCACUACAUCCACAACCACUCCAACAACCCCAGUUUCAACAACACCAUGCUCUGGUACGACCACUUGUCAUUGGUCGGACUGGAUCAACCUCGGCCAGCCCACUCCUGGCUCUGAGGGUGGAGAUAAUGAAUCCAUAAAGAAGAUCAUUGGUGCUGGUUAUCACAUCUGCUCCUCGCCAAAGGCUGUUGAAUGUAGAGCAAAACAGUAUCCAGGUCUUACAAUCUCUCAGCUUGGACAAGACGUGACCUGCAGCCCAACUGUUGGACUCAUUUGUCAAAACAAUAUGCAAGGACUUCAGCAAGAGUGCUUCGACUAUGAGAUCCGAGUCCAGUGUUGUGAUUGUGGACCUACCCCAACCACAGUUACCAGCACAACCAAGCCUACAACACCAACUCCCACUACAACUACAACACCCCCUACAACUACAACAACAACUCCCCCUACAAGUACAAGUACAACUACUCCUACAAGUACUACACCCACAACGACAACAUCGCCUACCACUACAUCCACAACCACUCCAACAACCCCAGUUUCAACAACACCAUGCUCUGGUACGACCACUUGUCAUUGGUCGGACUGGAUCAACCUCGGCCAGCCCACUCCUGGCUCUGAGGGUGGAGAUAAUGAAUCCAUAAAGAAGAUCAUUGGUGCUGGUUAUCACAUCUGCUCCUCGCCAAAGGCUGUUGAAUGUAGAGCAAAACAGUAUCCAGGUCUUACAAUCUCUCAGCUUGGACAAGACGUGACCUGCAGCCCAACUGUUGGACUCAUUUGUCAAAACAAUAUGCAAGGACUUCAGCAAGAGUGCUUCGACUAUGAGAUCCGAGUCCAGUGUUGUGAUUGUGGACCUACCCCAACCACAGUUACCAGCACAACCAAGCCUACAACACCAACUCCCACUACAACUACAACACCCCCUACAACUACAACAACAACUCCCCCUACAAGUACAAGUACAACUACUCCUACAAGUACUACACCCACAACGACAACAUCGCCUACCACUACAUCCACAACCACUCCAACAACCCCAGUUUCAACAACACCAUGCUCUGGUACGACCACUUGUCAUUGGUCGGACUGGAUCAACCUCGGCCAGCCCACUCCUGGCUCUGAGGGUGGAGAUAAUGAAUCCAUAAAGAAGAUCAUUGGUGCUGGUUAUCACAUCUGCUCCUCGCCAAAGGCUGUUGAAUGUAGAGCAAAACAGUAUCCAGGUCUUACAAUCUCUCAGCUUGGACAAGACGUGACCUGCAGCCCAACUGUUGGACUCAUUUGUCAAAACAAUAUGCAAGGACUUCAGCAAGAGUGCUUCGACUAUGAGAUCCGAGUCCAGUGUUGUGAUUGUGGACCUACCCCAACCACAGUUACCAGCACAACCAAGCCUACAACACCAACUCCCACUACAACUACAACACCCCCUACAACUACAACAACAACUCCCCCUACAAGUACAAGUACAACUACUCCUACAAGUACUACACCCACAACGACAACAUCGCCUACCACUACAUCCACAACCACUCCAACAACCCCAGUUUCAACAACACCAUGCUCUGGUACGACCACUUGUCAUUGGUCGGACUGGAUCAACCUCGGCCAGCCCACUCCUGGCUCUGAGGGUGGAGAUAAUGAAUCCAUAAAGAAGAUCAUUGGUGCUGGUUAUCACAUCUGCUCCUCGCCAAAGGCUGUUGAAUGUAGAGCAAAACAGUAUCCAGGUCUUACAAUCUCUCAGCUUGGACAAGACGUGACCUGCAGCCCAACUGUUGGACUCAUUUGUCAAAACAAUAUGCAAGGACUUCAGCAAGAGUGCUUCGACUAUGAGAUCCGAGUCCAGUGUUGUGAUUGUGGACCUACCCCAACCACAGUUACCAGCACAACCAAGCCUACAACACCAACUCCCACUACAACUACAACACCCCCUACAACUACAACAACAACUCCCCCUACAAGUACAAGUACAACUACUCCUACAAGUACUACACCCACAACGACAACAUCGCCUACCACUACAUCCACAACCACUCCAACAACCCCAGUUUCAACAACACCAUGCUCUGGUACGACCACUUGUCAUUGGUCGGACUGGAUCAACCUCGGCCAGCCCACUCCUGGCUCUGAGGGUGGAGAUAAUGAAUCCAUAAAGAAGAUCAUUGGUGCUGGUUAUCACAUCUGCUCCUCGCCAAAGGCUGUUGAAUGUAGAGCAAAACAGUAUCCAGGUCUUACAAUCUCUCAGCUUGGACAAGACGUGACCUGCAGCCCAACUGUUGGACUCAUUUGUCAAAACAAUAUGCAAGGACUUCAGCAAGAGUGCUUCGACUAUGAGAUCCGAGUCCAGUGUUGUGAUUGUGGACCUACCCCAACCACAGUUACCAGCACAACCAAGCCUACAACACCAACUCCCACUACAACUACAACACCCCCUACAACUACAACAACAACUCCCCCUACAAGUACAAGUACAACUACUCCUACAAGUACUACACCCACAACGACAACAUCGCCUACCACUACAUCCACAACCACUCCAACAACCCCAGUUUCAACAACACCAUGCUCUGGUACGACCACUUGUCAUUGGUCGGACUGGAUCAACCUCGGCCAGCCCACUCCUGGCUCUGAGGGUGGAGAUAAUGAAUCCAUAAAGAAGAUCAUUGGUGCUGGUUAUCACAUCUGCUCCUCGCCAAAGGCUGUUGAAUGUAGAGCAAAACAGUAUCCAGGUCUUACAAUCUCUCAGCUUGGACAAGACGUGACCUGCAGCCCAACUGUUGGACUCAUUUGUCAAAACAAUAUGCAAGGACUUCAGCAAGAGUGCUUCGACUAUGAGAUCCGAGUCCAGUGUUGUGAUUGUGGACCUACCCCAACCACAGUUACCAGCACAACCAAGCCUACAACACCAACUCCCACUACAACUACAACACCCCCUACAACUACAACAACAACUCCCCCUACAAGUACAAGUACAACUACUCCUACAAGUACUACACCCACAACGACAACAUCGCCUACCACUACAUCCACAACCACUCCAACAACCCCAGUUUCAACAACACCAUGCUCUGGUACGACCACUUGUCAUUGGUCGGACUGGAUCAACCUCGGCCAGCCCACUCCUGGCUCUGAGGGUGGAGAUAAUGAAUCCAUAAAGAAGAUCAUUGGUGCUGGUUAUCACAUCUGCUCCUCGCCAAAGGCUGUUGAAUGUAGAGCAAAACAGUAUCCAGGUCUUACAAUCUCUCAGCUUGGACAAGACGUGACCUGCAGCCCAACUGUUGGACUCAUUUGUCAAAACAAUAUGCAAGGACUUCAGCAAGAGUGCUUCGACUAUGAGAUCCGAGUCCAGUGUUGUGAUUGUGGACCUACCCCAACCACAGUUACCAGCACAACCAAGCCUACAACACCAACUCCCACUACAACUACAACACCCCCUACAACUACAACAACAACUCCCCCUACAAGUACAAGUACAACUACUCCUACAAGUACUACACCCACAACGACAACAUCGCCUACCACUACAUCCACAACCACUCCAACAACCCCAGUUUCAACAACACCAUGCUCUGGUACGACCACUUGUCAUUGGUCGGACUGGAUCAACCUCGGCCAGCCCACUCCUGGCUCUGAGGGUGGAGAUAAUGAAUCCAUAAAGAAGAUCAUUGGUGCUGGUUAUCACAUCUGCUCCUCGCCAAAGGCUGUUGAAUGUAGAGCAAAACAGUAUCCAGGUCUUACAAUCUCUCAGCUUGGACAAGACGUGACCUGCAGCCCAACUGUUGGACUCAUUUGUCAAAACAAUAUGCAAGGACUUCAGCAAGAGUGCUUCGACUAUGAGAUCCGAGUCCAGUGUUGUGAUUGUGGACCUACCCCAACCACAGUUACCAGCACAACCAAGCCUACAACACCAACUCCCACUACAACUACAACACCCCCUACAACUACAACAACAACUCCCCCUACAAGUACAAGUACAACUACUCCUACAAGUACUACACCCACAACGACAACAUCGCCUACCACUACAUCCACAACCACUCCAACAACCCCAGUUUCAACAACACCAUGCUCUGGUACGACCACUUGUCAUUGGUCGGACUGGAUCAACCUCGGCCAGCCCACUCCUGGCUCUGAGGGUGGAGAUAAUGAAUCCAUAAAGAAGAUCAUUGGUGCUGGUUAUCACAUCUGCUCCUCGCCAAAGGCUGUUGAAUGUAGAGCAAAACAGUAUCCAGGUCUUACAAUCUCUCAGCUUGGACAAGACGUGACCUGCAGCCCAACUGUUGGACUCAUUUGUCAAAACAAUAUGCAAGGACUUCAGCAAGAGUGCUUCGACUAUGAGAUCCGAGUCCAGUGUUGUGAUUGUGGACCUACCCCAACCACAGUUACCAGCACAACCAAGCCUACAACACCAACUCCCACUACAACUACAACACCCCCUACAACUACAACAACAACUCCCCCUACAAGUACAAGUACAACUACUCCUACAAGUACUACACCCACAACGACAACAUCGCCUACCACUACAUCCACAACCACUCCAACAACCCCAGUUUCAACAACACCAUGCUCUGGUACGACCACUUGUCAUUGGUCGGACUGGAUCAACCUCGGCCAGCCCACUCCUGGCUCUGAGGGUGGAGAUAAUGAAUCCAUAAAGAAGAUCAUUGGUGCUGGUUAUCACAUCUGCUCCUCGCCAAAGGCUGUUGAAUGUAGAGCAAAACAGUAUCCAGGUCUUACAAUCUCUCAGCUUGGACAAGACGUGACCUGCAGCCCAACUGUUGGACUCAUUUGUCAAAACAAUAUGCAAGGACUUCAGCAAGAGUGCUUCGACUAUGAGAUCCGAGUCCAGUGUUGUGAUUGUGGACCUACCCCAACCACAGUUACCAGCACAACCAAGCCUACAACACCAACUCCCACUACAACUACAACACCCCCUACAACUACAACAACAACUCCCCCUACAAGUACAAGUACAACUACUCCUACAAGUACUACACCCACAACGACAACAUCGCCUACCACUACAUCCACAACCACUCCAACAACCCCAGUUUCAACAACACCAUGCUCUGGUACGACCACUUGUCAUUGGUCGGACUGGAUCAACCUCGGCCAGCCCACUCCUGGCUCUGAGGGUGGAGAUAAUGAAUCCAUAAAGAAGAUCAUUGGUGCUGGUUAUCACAUCUGCUCCUCGCCAAAGGCUGUUGAAUGUAGAGCAAAACAGUAUCCAGGUCUUACAAUCUCUCAGCUUGGACAAGACGUGACCUGCAGCCCAACUGUUGGACUCAUUUGUCAAAACAAUAUGCAAGGACUUCAGCAAGAGUGCUUCGACUAUGAGAUCCGAGUCCAGUGUUGUGAUUGUGGACCUACCCCAACCACAGUUACCAGCACAACCAAGCCUACAACACCAACUCCCACUACAACUACAACACCCCCUACAACUACAACAACAACUCCCCCUACAAGUACAAGUACAACUACUCCUACAAGUACUACACCCACAACGACAACAUCGCCUACCACUACAUCCACAACCACUCCAACAACCCCAGUUUCAACAACACCAUGCUCUGGUACGACCACUUGUCAUUGGUCGGACUGGAUCAACCUCGGCCAGCCCACUCCUGGCUCUGAGGGUGGAGAUAAUGAAUCCAUAAAGAAGAUCAUUGGUGCUGGUUAUCACAUCUGCUCCUCGCCAAAGGCUGUUGAAUGUAGAGCAAAACAGUAUCCAGGUCUUACAAUCUCUCAGCUUGGACAAGACGUGACCUGCAGCCCAACUGUUGGACUCAUUUGUCAAAACAAUAUGCAAGGACUUCAGCAAGAGUGCUUCGACUAUGAGAUCCGAGUCCAGUGUUGUGAUUGUGGACCUACCCCAACCACAGUUACCAGCACAACCAAGCCUACAACACCAACUCCCACUACAACUACAACACCCCCUACAACUACAACAACAACUCCCCCUACAAGUACAAGUACAACUACUCCUACAAGUACUACACCCACAACGACAACAUCGCCUACCACUACAUCCACAACCACUCCAACAACCCCAGUUUCAACAACACCAUGCUCUGGUACGACCACUUGUCAUUGGUCGGACUGGAUCAACCUCGGCCAGCCCACUCCUGGCUCUGAGGGUGGAGAUAAUGAAUCCAUAAAGAAGAUCAUUGGUGCUGGUUAUCACAUCUGCUCCUCGCCAAAGGCUGUUGAAUGUAGAGCAAAACAGUAUCCAGGUCUUACAAUCUCUCAGCUUGGACAAGACGUGACCUGCAGCCCAACUGUUGGACUCAUUUGUCAAAACAAUAUGCAAGGACUUCAGCAAGAGUGCUUCGACUAUGAGAUCCGAGUCCAGUGUUGUGAUUGUGGACCUACCCCAACCACAGUUACCAGCACAACCAAGCCUACAACACCAACUCCCACUACAACUACAACACCCCCUACAACUACAACAACAACUCCCCCUACAAGUACAAGUACAACUACUCCUACAAGUACUACACCCACAACGACAACAUCGCCUACCACUACAUCCACAACCACUCCAACAACCCCAGUUUCAACAACACCAUGCUCUGGUACGACCACUUGUCAUUGGUCGGACUGGAUCAACCUCGGCCAGCCCACUCCUGGCUCUGAGGGUGGAGAUAAUGAAUCCAUAAAGAAGAUCAUUGGUGCUGGUUAUCACAUCUGCUCCUCGCCAAAGGCUGUUGAAUGUAGAGCAAAACAGUAUCCAGGUCUUACAAUCUCUCAGCUUGGACAAGACGUGACCUGCAGCCCAACUGUUGGACUCAUUUGUCAAAACAAUAUGCAAGGACUUCAGCAAGAGUGCUUCGACUAUGAGAUCCGAGUCCAGUGUUGUGAUUGUGGACCUACCCCAACCACAGUUACCAGCACAACCAAGCCUACAACACCAACUCCCACUCCAACUACAACACCCCCUACAACUACAACAACAACUCCCCCUACAAGUACAAGUACAACUACUCCUACAAGUACUACACCCACAACGACAACAUCGCCUACCACUACAUCCACAACCACUCCAACAACCCCAGUUUCAACAACACCAUGCUCUGGUACGACCACUUGUCAUUGGUCGGACUGGAUCAACCUCGGCCAGCCCACUCCUGGCUCUGAGGGUGGAGAUAAUGAAUCCAUAAAGAAGAUCAUUGGUGCUGGUUAUCACAUCUGCUCCUCGCCAAAGGCUGUUGAAUGUAGAGCAAAACAGUAUCCAGGUCUUACAAUCUCUCAGCUUGGACAAGACGUGACCUGCAGCCCAACUGUUGGACUCAUUUGUCAAAACAAUAUGCAAGGACUUCAGCAAGAGUGCUUCGACUAUGAGAUCCGAGUCCAGUGUUGUGAUUGUGGACCUACCCCAACCACAGUUACCAGCACAACCAAGCCUACAACACCAACUCCCACUACAACUACAACACCCCCUACAACUACAACAACAACUCCCCCUACAACUACAACAACAACUCCCCCUACAAGCACAAGUACUACACCCACAACAACAACAACAACAUCAUAUACUACUCCUACAAAACCUAGCACUCAGCCCCCACCCCAUUGUUGUCUUUUCAAUGAUGUCACUUACCCAAGAGGUGCUGUGAUCUACAAUGUUUCUGACCAUGAUGGAUGGUGCUACGUAGGUUAUUGCAGCAAUUCCUGUGAAAUUGCAAUCAACUCUAGCCUAUGUCUAUCAACACCAACUCCUCCCACACCAGCAACCCCUACUACAACAACCCCUACUACAACAACCCCUACUACAACAACCCCUACUACAACAACCCCUACUACAACAACCCCUGCUACAACAACAACGCAUAUAACAGCAAUAACCCCUAAAACAACCAAAGCUACCAUUAAACCACCAAUUGUAAAGCACUGUGACAAUUUACACCCACCAAGAAAGAAUGGGCAAAGUUGGAAACAUGACACAUGUUCCAACGCAACAUGCAUCGAAGGAGACGUGACUAUCCACCAUGUUCCUUGUGAAGAUCCCAAGCCCAUAGUUUGCCAAAACAACUAUCCCCCAAUAAGAGUUUAUGAUGACUCUGGGUGCUGCUAUCAGUACCAGUGUCAAUGCAUCUGUUCUGGUUGGGGAGAUCCCCACUAUAUCACAUUCGAUGGAACAUACUAUGGCUUCCAAGGAAACUGUUCCUAUGUUUUGGUCAAAGAAAUCCUACCCAAAUACAACUUCAGUGUAACCAUCGAUAACUACUUUUGCAACUCUCCAGACGGCCUGUCCUGCCCUCAGUCCAUUACUGUUUACUAUCACUCCUAUCAGAUCUACAUGACGCAAAAAGACCUUAAUGGAGUUUUCACUAACCUGAUUUACGUCAACAACAAGCGCAUCAUCCCAGCCUUUGAGAAUGCAGAUUUCCGUAUCACAGACAAUGGCAUUGAAUCAGCGGUUAUCAUCCCAGAGAUCGGUGCCAAGGUGACCUUCACUGGGCUCAUGUUUGCCAUCUACUUACCAUAUGCCAAGUUCCACGGAAACACCGAGGGACAGUGUGGUACCUGUGACAACAACCGCACAGAUGACUGCAUGCUGCCCACUGGGCAGGUCAUCUCCUCAUGUCCAGACAUGGCCAACUCAUGGCAUGUUCCUGACCACAACAACAGCCACUGCUCUGCUCCACCGACUCAACCUCCCACCACUGUGCCCUCUCCACCAUGCAAUGCGGCCAUCUGCGAGAUCAUCAAGACUGACGUGUUUGCAUCCUGUCACAAGAUCAUCCCUUACGAGGCCUACUAUGAGGCCUGCAACUUUGACGUCUGUCACAUGACCAACGUCACAAUUGGCUGCAGCAGCUUGCAGGUGUAUGCAGAUGCCUGUGCACAGGCAGGAGUGUGCUUCGAAUGGAGGAAUGCCACUGACGGAUUAUGUGACUUCAAUUGCCAUGCACCGUUGGUGUACGAGGCCUGCGGCCCUGCAGUGGAGUCGACGUGUAACCUCAGGUACAAUCUGAAUUUCAUCAAGACCGAAGACGAAUACACUUCCAUGACAACCAUGGAGAUUGAGGGCUGCUACUGCCCCAGUGGCACCACACGGUUGAGCCCAGGCAGCCACAUCUGCAUCCCCAUCUGUGAUGUCUGCUAUUUGGGAAACGAAAUAUGGAAAGAGGUCAACGAAAUAUGGGUAGAGAACUGUACAGAGUGUGUAUGUGAGAAAGCCACACUGCAACCGUAUUGCCAGCCCAUAGGGUGCCCCACACAGGCCCCACUGUCCUGCAACCAGCAGGGUCAAGUCAGAGUUACAGAACAGGAUGGCUGUUGUCAAAAGGACAAGUGUGUGUGUAAUUCCACAAAGUGCUCCUCAUCCACACUCACAUGCCCCCCUGGCUACAAGACAGAAGUGUCAUGGGGAGUUUGCUGCCACAAAAGCAGCUGCGUACCAAAGGAUGUAUGUGUGUUCAACAACACUGAAUAUCAGCCUGGAACCGUGGUGCCUAAGGACCAAUGUCAACAGUGUGUGUGUGGUCCCAACAUGGAUGCCGUUAGCCACCUCCAUGUUGUGGAUUGUGUACCUGUGACCUGUGACACCAACUGCCAAGUGGGCUACAAGUACCAGCCUAUCGCUGGAGAGUGUUGUGGGAAAUGUGUUCAGACGGGAUGUGUGGUUCCGGUAUCAGAGAACGCUACACACGUUGUUCAGCCUGGCACCAUAUGGUACCCCCCUGGGCAGCCCUGUAUCAACUACGAGUGUGUGAUCAUCGGAAAGCAGUUCAUUACAAUUGAAGCCACGACCAAAUGCCCAGACUUUAACCCAGAGGACUGCAUCCCUGGAACGGAGGUCAUUGCCCCAGAUGGUUGCUGUCAUGCCUGUAUCCCCCUGCCUAAACCAUGUAACAUCAGCAACACACAAGUUUAUUUGGAGAACAACGGCUGUCUCUCCUCUCAGAAGGUCAACUUGACUUCCUGUGGAGGGUCUUGCGGAACCUACGCGAUGUACUCGGCCAAGGCCCAGAACUUGGAACGCUCCUGUUCCUGCUGCCAGGAACUCUCCACCAGCAACAGACAAGUGGAGCUUGUGUGUAAGGAUGGGUCUACUGUCAGUCACACCUACAUCCACAUUGAGAAGUGUGGCUGUCUGAGGACGGAGUGUAUCGUACAGGAGGCCAGUCAGGUCACCAAGGGUCCUCGUAGGAGACGAUGAUCGCCAGACCGCCGGUCUGUUCAGACCAACCUUCUAUUUAUGUCGUGCUGUUAGAAUAGAUCUUUAUUAGUCCAUGCUUCUCACCCGUAUAUCUGUUUUUGUUGCAAAGCAAACAUUCUAAUAAACCUGGCAUUACGCUAUUCAUGU